UGACACUUUUCGUCAAUAGAUUUUGAUUCGAUAUUGGAGAACAAAACACGCCUUAAAAUUUUCACACGUAUAUUAUUUGAAAUAAUACAAAUAUUGAAAGAUAUUUAAAGAUUUAGUGGCACUCAAAUUAUUUAUUAUUCUAAGAAGAGACAAACAACGAGCAUCUACCUAAGACUUGAUAAACUGUGUACAUUAUAUCCUGAGACAUAGUUCAUCAAAACAUCAUUCAUCAAAGCAGACAAAACCUGUCUGAUCAAGGAAACGGUAUCCAAAAACUGACAACGUGAUUCCAGUCUAUACUUAUCGGAAAGUAACGGACAACUGUAUGAUAAUAAAAAAAAUAUUAACGUUUGAGAUCAUUUGAUAGAAUCCUGUCUUCAUCCAGCGAAAAGGGCGGCUAAUUGACAUAAAACUGUUGUAAGUAAUUGUUAGAAAGUAGAUAGCCAAUCGUCAAGCGUCGGGUGAAUCCGCUACUUUGAAUCGGCCAUCCUCGGGUUAAUCCGCUACUCUGAAUAGGCCUAGUUGUGACGAAUUGGUAGACAGCAUGUCUUCUAACACAUCAAACAUAAACGCAACCUUGGACGCAGAACUUAAACCUACCACGGUUUUAAUUGUAACAAUAAUUCUUAUACCGGUAUGUUCUGCAAUAUUCAUAUUGAAUGUUCUCGCUCUCGCAGUUCUCUCGAAAUCAAAGAAACUUAAGAAAAAUAGAUUUCAUCGUCUGACUUUGUAUCUCAGCAUCAGUGACAUCAUAGCGAGCAUCUCGUCAUUAUUCCUCAUUACAAACUUGCUACUUCAGUUACAAGGCGUCCAUUUACCUUACAUAUGCUUCGGAAGUACUCUGGUGACAUCGUUCACCGUAUUGUUUUCUCUAGUACAAGUGUUGUUUAUUUGUUUUGAACGUUUGUUAGCCACGUUUUCGGAUACACGGGUAAACAAAUGGAGCAACGUUUGCGAACUGCUGGUGUUCGUUUCGUUUGCUAUUACUGUCGCGUAUUGUUGUCUUAUUCACUUUGGAUUUGAGGAUACCAGUAGCAAUGAUGGCUGCGAAAUGAAAUCCCUUUUCGGUAAAAAUCUUUGGAAAUUCCAACUAAGCCUCGGAAUCGUACACUUAAUAUUAUUCAUUACUAUGUUUAUUGUGUAUGGGAUUCUAGCAUGUAGACUACGGAAAAGAUACUCUCCUUUUAAGCCGUCACGAUAUAGUCAAACAGACAAUUUAUAUCCAAUAUUAACUUUUUUUCGACGCUAUAGUAUUGGAAACAAAAAUAACUUCGAAAAAGAAGAAAUAUCAAAUGGCGGAAGAGCACAAUUGGUUCAACGUCUCGAAAGUAAUCCGUCCAGUAUCAGCAACAAUCGAGCCAAAAAUUUUCACACUGCUUUGCAUACUCUUGGUUUGAUAAUAAUAGUCAUGAUCGUAAGCAGCCUACUUCCGGGCAUGGUGAAUGUGUUGUCCGCCAUUACAACGGACGUAAUAAGCCAUGACGUACUGACUUACGUAAAUGGGCUGUUCUUGAUUAACCCUUUGUGCGAUCCGAUAAUCUAUGUUCUGCGAAUCAAAGAGUUUAGGAGUAUUAUAACACGUUCAAAAUGAAAAUACCGAUAAUACCCCCGGCGAUUAUCGUAGUAUGCCGGUCCUCAUCAUUGCAGCAUUCCGGAGUGUCUGAGUAAAAGCCAAACAGACAAAGCACAGGAAACCAGUUUAAUACAUGUUCAAAAUGAAAGUACCGAUAAUAUCGUAUGUGAAUACCGCUAUAUGCUGGUUUUCCACCUUUACAUUCGAAUAUCUGAGUUAGAGCCAAGCUGGAUUGGUCCCCUUCGUAAAAUAUCCAGUUUUCCUUCGGAAUAUACAAAUAUUAAGAAUUUCAAUAACGGCCGAGUAACAGACCAAAGCCAAGCAGACUCAUUCCUGCAGGGUACCAGUCUUUUAUCGCUUUUGUUAAAGCUGCGUAUCCUACGUGAUCUUUUAUUGUCUUACCAAUGUGGGGAGAGUGACAUUGCAUGGUUUUGUGAUAGACGUUGGAUUUUAAACAAGUGUGUUGAAUAAUUAUUUUAAAAAUGUACGAGGAUUAUAAUUUGAAGUUAUACUGGUUAAUCUUAGAAGUUUUAUUAUCAUUUGAU